UGUAUCAAAAUGGUGGCUGACGUGUCCAAUAACAAACGACAAGCGUGGUGUGCAGUUAAAAAGUUACUCUCAUAAAAUUCCAACGUUUUUAAUUAAUAAAAUAACGGUUUUAAUCAAUUAAAACAAUUCGCGGACGUCAAUAAUUUAAUUAGUGAGAUUUAAGUUGAGAAAUAUAUAAGAUAUAUAUAUUAAGCAAGAAAAUCACAGGGAAAAUGUCUCUGCCAUCUCCGUCAGUUGAACUGAGCUCCUACCGCGACCAACAUUUCAAGGGCUCAAGAGCCGAACAGGAUCGUUUGCUCCGGACAUCAACGACCCUUUACGUCGGAAAUUUGUCUUUCUACACCACCGAGGAGCAGAUCUACGAAUUAUUCAGCAAGUGCGGAGACAUAAAGCGCAUCGUUAUGGGCCUGGACAAGUACAAAAAGACGCCCUGCGGGUUCUGCUUCAUGGAGUAUUACCUCAGAAGCGACGCCGAGAACUGCAUGAGGUACGUCAACGGCACCAGGUUGGACGACAGAAUUAUUAGGACUGACUGGGACGCGGGAUUCAUCGAGGGGAGACAGUAUGGACGAGGAAAAACUGGUGGACAAGUAAGAGAUGAAUAUAGAUCAGACUUCGAUAGUGGCCGAGGAGGAUACGGAAAAAUAAUCCAACAAAAGGUCCAACCAAUCGCUGAGACCGGAUACGGUCGUUAAAUUAACUAUUUAAUAAAUAAUUGUAAUAUUAAUAUUAUUAAUAAGACUAAUUAAUUUGAUUGUCAA